AUGGGUGUCACAAAUGGCAACUCUCCGGUCAACGGCAGUUCUGCUAAGCACAGCAACCUUCCCUCACAUUUCAUCGGUGGCAAUGCCCUCGAAUCAGCACCCCCGAGCAAAGUGAAGGAAUUUGUGGCCGCUCACGAGGGUCACUCUGUCAUCACAUCGGUGCUUAUCGCCAACAACGGUAUCGCUGCUGUCAAAGAGAUCCGUUCAGUGCGGAAAUGGGCCUACGAGACUUUUGGCAACGAACGGGCCAUCCAAUUUACCGUGAUGGCCACGCCUGAAGAUCUGCACGCCAACGCCGACUAUAUUCGUAUGGCCGACCAAUACGUCGAGGUUCCCGGUGGAACUAAUAAUAAUAAUUAUGCCAACGUCGAGCUGAUCGUCGAUGUUGCGGAGCGAAUGGAUGUUCACGCUGUGUGGGCAGGAUGGGGUCAUGCCUCCGAAAACCCUCGGUUACCCGAAUCACUUGCUGCGUCGCCGAAGAAGAUCAUUUUCAUUGGACCCCCCGCCUCGGCCAUGCGCUCUCUGGGUGACAAGAUUUCCUCCACCAUUGUUGCACAGCAUGCUGGUGUGCCCUGUAUCCCCUGGUCUGGAACCGGUGUCGACGCCGUCAAGGUUGACAGCGAUGGUAUUGUGACGGUCGAGGAUGAAACCUAUAACAAAGGUUGCACCUUCUCCCCGGAACAAGGUCUGGAGAAGGCCAAGGAGAUUGGUUUCCCAGUCAUGGUCAAGGCCUCCGAAGGUGGUGGUGGUAAGGGUAUCCGAAAGGUCGAGAACGAGGAGGAGUUCAUCUCUCUGUACAACGCCGCCGCCAACGAGAUCCCUGGUUCGCCCAUCUUCAUCAUGAAGCUGGCCGGCAACGCCCGCCAUCUGGAGGUGCAGCUGCUGGCUGACCAGUACGGCAACAACAUCUCCCUCUUCGGCCGUGAUUGUUCCGUUCAGCGUCGUCACCAGAAGAUUAUCGAGGAAGCUCCCGUUACUAUUGCGAAGCAGCCCACUUUCCAGGCCAUGGAGCGCGCUGCCGUGAGCUUGGGUCGUUUGGUCGGAUACGUUUCUGCCGGUACCGUCGAAUACCUGUACUCCCACUCCGACGACAAGUUCUACUUCCUUGAGUUGAACCCCCGUCUGCAGGUCGAGCAUCCCACCACCGAGAUGGUCUCUGGUGUCAAUUUGCCCGCUGCUCAGCUCCAGAUUGCCAUGGGUAUUCCCCUUCACCGCAUCCGUGACAUUCGUCUGCUCUACGGUGUGGACCCCAACACCUCCGUCGACAUUGACUUCGACUUCUCCAAGGAGGAGAGCUACCAGACUCAGCGCCGUCCUCAGCCCAAGGGCCACACCACUGCCUGCCGUAUCACCUCCGAAGAUCCUGGCGAGGGUUUCAAGCCCUCCAGUGGUACUAUGCACGAGCUGAACUUCCGCAGUUCCUCCAAUGUGUGGGGUUACUUCUCUGUCGGUACUGCCGGUGGUAUUCACAGCUUCUCCGACAGUCAGUUUGGUCACAUUUUCGCCUACGGCGAGAACCGAUCUGCCUCCCGCAAGCACAUGGUUGUUGCUUUGAAAGAGCUGAGCAUUCGUGGUGAUUUCCGCACCACUGUCGAGUAUUUAAUUAAGCUUCUGGAAACCCCCGCCUUCGAGGAUAACACCAUCACCACUGGAUGGCUCGACCAGCUCAUUACCAACAAGCUGACCGCUGAGCGCCCUGACCAGAUUGUUGCCAUUAUUUGUGGUGCAGUCACUAAGGCCCAUCUUGCUAGCGAGGCUGGCAUUGAAGAGUAUCGCGUUAGCCUCGGAAAGGGUCAGGUUCCCUCCAAGGAAAUCCUGAAGACUGUCUUCCCCGUCGACUUUAUUUACGAGGGCGAGCGCUACAAGUUCACUGCCACUCGCGCCAGCUUGGACAGCUACCACCUGUUCAUCAACGGCUCCAAGUGUUCAGUUGGCGUUCGUGCUCUGGCUGACGGUGGUUUGUUGGUCCUGCUCGAUGGCCGCAGUCACAACGUCUACUGGAAGGAAGAGCCCGCUGCGACCCGUCUCAGCGUUGACGGCAAGACCUGUCUUCUGGAGCAGGAGAACGACCCCACUCAACUUCGUUCUCCCUCUCCUGGUAAGCUUGUCAAGUUCACCGUCGAGAACGGUCAGCACGUCCGCUCAGGCCAGUCGUAUGCCGAGGUUGAGGUCAUGAAGAUGUACAUGCCCCUCAUCGCCCAAGAGGAUGGUAUUGUGCAGCUCAUUAAGCAACCGGGUGCCACCCUGGAAGCUGGUGACAUUCUCGCUAUACUUGCUCUGGAUGACCCCUCCCGCGUUAAGCACGCUCAGCCCUUCACUGGACAGCUGCCCGAGCUUGGGUCCCCCACUGUCCUUGGUAACAAGCCAUCGCAGCGAUUCUUCCUGCUCCACGGCAUUCUGGAGAACAUCCUCCGUGGUUUCGACAACCAGGUCAUCAUGGGCACUACCUUGAAUGAUCUGGUUGAGGUGCUGCGUAACAUCGACCUUCCUUACGGCGAGUGGAAUGCGCAGUCCUCCGCGCUGCACUCCCGUAUCCCCCAGAAGCUGGAUGCUCAACUCCAAGCCCUUGUUGAUAAGGCCAAGGCUCGCAAGGCCGAGUUCCCUGCCAAGCAGCUCCAGAAGGCUAUCGUUCGCUUCAUCGAGGAGAAUGUUGCACCUGCUGAUGCUGAUAUCCUCAAGGCUACCCUCCUGCCUUUAGUCCAGGUUAUCAACAAGUACGUGGAUGGCUUGAAGUCCAACGAGUACAAUGUCUUCAUUGGUCUGCUCGAGCAGUACUAUGACGUUGAGAAGCUAUUCUCUACUCACAACUUCCGUGAUGAGGACGUCAUUCUCAAGCUCCGUGAGGAGAACAAGGAUGAUAUCACUGGCAUUGUCCACACUGUUCUAUCUCACAGCCGCAUUGGAUCCAAGAACAACCUGGUCCUGGCCAUUUUGGACAUGUACCGCCCCAACCAGCCUAAUGUUGAGAAUGUUGGCAAGUAUUUCAAGCCUAUCCUCAAGAAGUUGACAGAUCUCGAGUCACGCUCCUCUGCCAAGGUCACUCUCAAGGCCCGUGAGGUUUUGAUCCAGUGUGCCAUGCCCUCUCUGGAUGAGCGUCUGUCCCAGAUGGAGCACAUCCUCAAGUCCUCUGUUGUUGAGUCUCGCUACGGUGAGACCGGUUGGGAGCACCGUGAGCCUUCCUUCGAUAUCUUGAAGGAGGUUGUUGACUCGAAGUACACCGUCUUUGAUGUCCUUCCUCGCUUCUUCGUCCACAACGACCCUUGGGUUACCCUCGCUGCUCUGGAAGUUUACGUGCGCCGUGCCUACCGUGCCUAUACCCUCAAGGGCAUCGAAUACGAUGCCUCCACUGAGCAGCCCUUCCUAUCCUGGGACUUCAGCCUUGGCAAGCUGGGCCAGCCCGAGUUCGGUUCCCUCUCUUCCACCCAGCCCUCGGCCCCGGGUACACCCAUUUCGGAGGUCAACCCCUUUAAGCGGAUCAACUCUAUCAGCGAGUUCUCCUCUUUGAACGACCCCCUGAGUGACCCGGUCCGCAAGGGUGUUAUCAUUCCUGUCCAGUAUUUGGAGGAUGCUCAGGAUAUCCUUUCCAAGGCUCUUGAGUCCUUCCCUCUCGGCGGCUCCAAUGCCAAGCGUCCCAGCGACAAAGGCCUUAUCGCCAGCCUUGAGGGCAAGCGUCGCCCCAUCCCCAAAGUUGAACACGACAGUGAGCUCACUGGUGUCUGCAACAUUGCCAUCCGCGACAUCGAGGAUCUCGAUGACCAGGAGCUUGUUGGACAGAUGAAGCAGCUUCUUGCUGACCACAAGGACGAGCUCCUUGCCCGCCGUGUUCGUCGUGUUACCUUCAUUUGCGGCAAGCAGGGCGUCUACCCUGGCUACUUCACCUUCCGCGGUCCCCACUACGAGGAGGAUUUGAGUAUCCGUCAUAACGAGCCCGCUCUUGCCUUCCAGCUCGAGCUUGGACGUCUCUCCUUGUUCAACAUCAAGCCCGUCUUCACUGAGAACCGCAGCAUCCAUGUGUAUGAGGCUAUUGGCAAGGGCGCUGGGAACGAUAAGGCUGUCGACAAGCGCUACUUCAUCCGCGCCGUCGUUCGUCCCGGCCGCCUUCGCGAUGAUAUCCCUACCGCUGAGUACCUCAUAUCCGAGGCCGACCGCCUUAUGAACGACAUCCUGGACGCUCUGGAGAUUAUUGGAAACAACAACUCCGACCUGAACCACAUCUUCAUCAACUUCUCCCCUGUCUUCAACCUCCAGCCAGAUGAUGUUGAGCAGGCCCUCGCCGGUUUCCUCGACCGCUUCGGUCGCCGUCUCUGGCGCCUCCGUGUCACCGGUGCCGAGAUCCGUAUCCUCUGCACUGACCCCACCACAGGCAUGCCCUACCCUCUCCGUGUGAUCAUCAGCAACACCUACGGAUUCAUCAUCAACGUUGAGCUUUACAUCGAGCGCAAGUCUGAGAAGGGCGAGUGGAUUUUCCAGAGCAUUGGUGGUACCACCAAGCUCGGCUCCAUGCACAUGCGCCCUGUCUCUACUCCCUAUCCUACCAAGGAGUGGUUGCAGCCCAAGCGUUACAAGGCUCACUUGAUGGGAACCCAGUACGUGUACGAUUUCCCCGAGCUCUUCCGCCAGGCCUUCCAGAACAGCUGGACCAAGGUAUCGAAGACCAUCCCCUCCUUGUAUGAGAAGCGUCCCCCUGUCGGCGAGUGCAUGGACUACAGCGAGCUUGUUCUCGAUGAUACCGACAACCUCAUUGAGGUUGCUCGCGAGCCCGGCACAAACACCCACGGUAUGGUUGGAUGGAUUGUCACCGCCCGUACUCCUGAGUAUCCCCGUGGCAGACGAUUCAUCAUUGUCGCCAACGACAUCACCUUCCAGAUUGGUUCGUUCGGUCCCCAGGAAGACAAGUACUUCCACAAGUGUACCGAGCUUGCCCGGUCGCUGGGUAUCCCGCGCAUCUACUUGUCUGCCAAUUCCGGUGCUCGCAUCGGCAUGGCCGACGAGCUGAUUCCAUUCUUCUCUGUUGCCUGGAAAAACCCCGAGAAGCCCGAGGCCGGCUUCAAGUACCUCUACCUCACUCCCGAGGUCAAGGCGCGCUUCGAUGCUAGCAAGAAGAAGGAAGUCAUCACCGAGAUGAUCCAUGAUGAAGGCGAAGAGCGCCACAAGAUCACCACUGUCAUCGGUGCUAAGGACGGUCUGGGUGUCGAGUGUCUGAAGGGUUCCGGUCUUAUUGCCGGUGCCACCUCCAAAGCUUACGAGGACAUCUUCACCAUCACUCUCGUUACCUGCCGCUCUGUCGGUAUUGGCGCUUACUUAGUUCGUCUUGGUCAGCGUGCCAUCCAGGUUGAGGGCCAGCCCAUCAUCCUCACUGGUGCCCCUGCCAUCAACAAGCUGCUCGGUCGCGAGGUCUACACUUCCAACCUCCAGCUUGGUGGUACUCAGAUCAUGUAUAAGAACGGUGUUUCUCACAUGACUGCCAACGAUGACUUCGAGGGUGUCGAGAAGAUUGUUGAGUGGAUGUCUUUCGUGCCCGACAAGAAGGGUGCUCCCAUUCCCAUCCGCCCCUGGUCCGAUAACUGGGAUCGUGAUGUUGCCUACUUCCCUCCCCCCAAGCAGACCUAUGAUGUUAGAUGGCUCAUCGGCGGUAAGGAGGACGUUGACGGCUUCCUUCCUGGUCUGUUUGACAAGGACUCGUUCGAGGAGGCCCUUGGUGGCUGGGCCCGCACUGUCGUCGUCGGCCGUGCCCGCCUCGGUGGUAUCCCCAUGGGUGUCAUUGCUGUCGAGACUCGCAGCGUCGAGAACGUCACCCCUGCCGACCCCGCCAACCCCGACUCUAUGGAGAUGAUUUCCAACGAGGCUGGCGGUGUCUGGUACCCCAACUCGGCAUACAAGACUGCGCAGGCUCUGCGCGACUUCAACAACGGUGAACAGCUGCCCGUCAUGAUCCUGGCCAACUGGCGUGGAUUCUCUGGUGGUCAGCGUGACAUGUACAACGAAGUCCUCAAGUACGGCUCGUACAUUGUCGACGCCCUGGUCAAGUACGAGCAGCCCGUCUUCGUCUACAUCCCACCCCACGGUGAGCUUCGCGGAGGAUCCUGGGUCGUCGUUGAUCCCACCAUCAACCCUGACCAGAUGGAGAUGUACGCCGAUGAAGACUCCCGCGGAGGUGUUCUCGAACCCGAGGGUAUCGUUGGUAUCAAGUACCGCCGCGACAAGCAGCUCGACACCAUGGCCCGUCUGGAUGCCAAGUACGGCGAGCUCCGCCGUGCCCUGGAAGACACUUCUCUUACCAAGGAGCAGCUGUCCGACGUCAAGUCCCAGAUGGCCGCUCGCGAAGAGCAGCUUUUGCCCGUCUACAUGCAGAUCGCCCUCCAAUUCGCCGAUCUGCACGAUCGCGCCGGCCGCAUGCAAGCCAAGAACGCCAUUCGCCAGCCUUUGCAGUGGGUUAACUCCCGCCGCUUCUUCUACUGGCGUCUGCGCCGUCGUUUGAGCGAAGAGCUCAUCGUCAAGCGUAUGGUCGCUGCCUCUGCUUCCCCCGCACCCCGCACCGGUGCCGCCGGUGCCAUCCCCACCACCGGAUCCCACCCUUCCACCGAGUCGCCCCGUGUUGCCCACCUGCGCACUCUGCACGCUUGGACUGGGCUCUUGGACGAGGAGCUCGAGCACGAUGACCAGAAGGUUGCUGCUUGGUACGAGGAGAACAAGAAGCUUGUUCAGACCAAGGUCGAGUUGCUCCGCACCGAGGGCGUUGCUUCUGAGGUUGCGCAGUUGUUGAUUGGUAACAAGGAGGGUGGUUUGCGUGGUGUCCAGCAGGUGCUUUCUAUGUUGCCUGUUGAGGAGCGCGAGAGUGUGCUCAAGUACCUCGGUUCCGCUUAA